GGAAAAAAAAACAACCAAAAAACAAAAAAAACGGCCUCCAGGAAGCACAAAUCCGAAAAGCCAGGCGGCUCGGACCUGGAGGCUGCGGUUCUCAACUCGGUCCGCGGAGGAGGCUAUAAAAGCGCGGGGCAGGGGGCGCCAGCCUCGCCAGAGCGAAGGAGCGAGGCCCGGGAGGUGACAUUGUCUCUCUCUCUCUCUUUCCGUUCCCUCCCUCCCCCAAAAAAUCCUCCCUUUUUCAGCCUCUUUUGCACCCCAGGCACUCGCGAGCGCGCUUUUGCAACUGCUCCGGCUCGGGCCUCCCUCCCGGGCCUCCACCUCCGUCCCUCUCCGUUUCCCCACCGGUGGCGUCCAGACCCGCGCUUUACCCCUAACCCUGCCGCCCGUCCCCAGGCCCGGCCGCGGCCGCUCCCGCCCGGAGCCGCCGCGGGCCUCCAGUCCCCCCUUGUCCCCCCGGCCUCCACUUUUCCUCUUCCCGGCGCGGCCUCCGGGCCUCCGCGCGCCGCCGGCCUCCAACCCGCUGGCCACCAUGUCGGUGGAGCUGGAGGAGGCCCUGCCUCCCACCGCGGGCGAGGGAGGCCUCCCCGGGAAGGCGUCUCGGGGCGCGGGGAGUGGAGGCCCGGGGAGUGGAGGCCCGGCCUCGAAGGGCAGCAGCAGCAGCAGCAAGAAGAAGAAGAAGAAGACGAAGAAGAAGAACCAGCCUGGCAAGUACAGCAGGCUGGUGGUGGAGACCAUCCGGAGGCUGGCGGAGCGUGGAGGCUCGUCGCUGGCCCGCGUCUACGCGGAGGCCCGCAAGGUGCCGUGGUUCGACCAGCAGAACGGCCGCACCUACCUCAAGUACUCCAUCAGGGCCCUGGUGCAGAACGACACGCUCCUGCAGGUCAAGGGCACCGGCGCCAACGGCUCCUUCAAGCUCAACCGCAAGAAAGUGGAGGCCGGGGGCGGAGGCUGCGGCGUCGGUGGCGAGGCUCCCGGGGCGCCCAAGCAAAAGAAGAAGAAGGCGGCGGAAAAGGAGGCCGCCUCCAGCAGCAGCAGCAGCCUCCGGAGGGGCAAGCAGCGGCAGCCUGCACCCGCGGGGAGGCUUUCCCACACCAGGAAGAACAGCAAGGACAAAGGUGGGAGAGCCUCCGCCGCCAAGGUGAAGAAGGCCGCCAAGCCCAGCCUCCUCCCCAAAGUGCACAAGGGGCGCAAGUGAGCGCGGAGCCGCCCCCACACACCCCAAAAAACAAACAAAAAAAAUCUGGUU